AUGAACGGAGCUGCUGGUCCUGCUCCUAGCGGUGAAGGGCCCGCAUCAUCAACUUCGACCAAUACGUCUGCAGCAACGGGAGGGCCGUCCAGGCGCUAUGGUCCGCUACCAAAUUACGUCCAAGUCGCCAAAUGCUACGUCUUUGAGCAGGAGAUCCAAAAGUGUCUUAAGGAGAACGGGGUCAGCCAGGCGAGAGAGGAUAACUUGAGAUUGGCGGGAGUGCAAUGGAUUGAUAAUGUGAGGAGAGCAUUGAAGUUGCCAGUCAGGACAUUCAACACAGCUGUUGUAUACUAUCACAAGUUCCGGUUACAGCAUUCAGAUGGAGAGUACAGCUUUGUGGACGCCUCAGCAGCGGCACUUUUCACGGCGUGCAAGGUCGAAGAUACACUCAAGAAAUCGCGAGAUAUCCUAUGUGCGGCACAUAACGUGAAAAUCCCCAGGACGGAGCAUUUGUCACCGGAUGAUCAGGUCUUCGAACACCACUCCCGUACAAUAAUCGGCCUUGAAAGACUCAUACUUGAAGCCGCUGGUUUCGACUUCCGCAAUCGCCACCCGCAAGACCUCCUCAUAAAGUUUGCUAAACAUUACUCUUUCACCAAAGCUUCGCCCGUGGUCAAGACAGCAUAUUCGAUCUCGCUAGACCUAUACAGGACUUGGGCGCCACUGAAGCAGACGACAGCGACGAUGGCGUUUGCUUGUCUCGAGCUUGCAGGGCGGUUGCUUGGGGAAGAACACGAGAGGAUCUGGAAGGGCUCGGAUUACAAGGAGUGGAAGGUCGAGCGGGGGAUGGUGAUGGAAACUCUUCUCGACCUCCUCGAACUCUACACCCACCACCGCAACUUGACGGCAACCGGGACGUCCUUCCCCGUUGACACGUUCCUCGAAGUACGUAUCCCGCUGAACCUCGAGUCCGAGGAGAAGGAGAUCCCACGAUACACGGCGUGGGUGGAAACGAGCGGGUCUGCAGCGGACCAUGCGAAGGGCAGCCAUUACGGGCAAAACGUCAAUGGCACAAGCGCCAUGAAUGGCUCCAAGUCCGGCUCAUCGAGCAAGAACGUAAGUCCGCGCGACGUGACGAGUCCGCGCAGAGGCAGCGCGAGCACGAACGCUGCUUCUGGCGGCGGCACAGGCGUGGCGUCUUGGUCUGGGUCUGGAUCCGGCUCUGUCGCCGGGAUAAAGCAGCGCGUCGGCGAGAGGGGGCGCGAAGGCACGGUGCGCUUCAUUCUCAACCCGGAUAGGGAAAGGGAGGAGAACGCCAUUGUCGAGUUAUUUCGCAAGCCCUGA